UGUGUGUGUGUGUGUGUGUGUGUGUGUGUGUGUGUGUGUGUGUGUGUGUGUGUGUGUGUGUGUGUGUGUGGACAUGGGGAGGUAUUUCCACAGUGAGGUCGAUGUUAAGAGUCCGUGGCAUCAGGUGCUGGCCGCCUUCUGGCAGCGCUACCCGAACCCAUACAGCGCCCACGUCCUCACCGAGGACGUCCUGUACCGCGAGGUCACCCCCAGCAACCACCUACUGUCACGGCGAUUGCUGACCAAGACCAACCGUCUGCCGGGCUGGGCGGAGCACGUCUUCCCCGCUCACAUGGCCCGGGCCGUCUACGUCCUGGAGGACUCCAUCGUCGACCCGCACACACACACCUUCACCACCAAGACCUGGAACAUCAACCACAACACCCUGAUGACGGUGGUCGAGCGGUGUCUGUUUGAGGAGGACCGCGGUCGGCCGUCUUGGACCAAACUGAGGAGAGAGGCCUGUAUCUCCUCAGCUGUCUACGGGCUGGCCCGGCCUAUACAGGAGUUUGGUCUCGCCAGGUUUAAAAGUAACCAGGUGAAAGCCAUGAAGGGGCUCGAGUUCGCACUGUCCAAGAUCCAGACUGAGGCACCCGCUCAUCUGCAUGGCGACCAGGGAGAGUUGUCAGAGAAGCACAAGCCCCUCCCACCACAGACCACGCCCACUCCCACACAGGAGCCCAAACAGUUCGUCUGAACUUCCUGCGUCUGUUGACCACCGAGUCCCCCCCGGCUGCGAUCGGGCGCUUCGUGAAGCCGGUCGUCGACUGAAAAUAAGGAAUGCUGGCGGCUGCGGUCACUCGCAGGGUUCCCUACGAGGGCUGUAAACUGUCGCAGUCAAAGAAGUUUCAUUCUUCAAAGUUCCUUCGAUGAUUCUUUGUUUUCUUCCUCUUCUGGAUCAUUCUGCAGUAUUUCAUUUUCGUGGUGAUGGAAACUUUCACACGUGAGGUUUUGUUACUUAAAAUGAGAAGAAAUGUCUUAUUUAGGACAGAUUGAACUUCUUAUGUUAGAUUUAAUGACAUUUGUAAUCGUGCGGCUCAGGAGCUGUCUGCUUUCGUUUUAUUCCUCAUUUUCAGGUUUUUCAUAUGAACAUUUUUUUUUACAUUUUUUAUUGUUUUCAUUUAUAAUAUUUCUUAUUGUUUUAUUCAUCCCAAUUACAGUUUUUGUAUCAUUUUUGCACGUUUCAUUGGACUCUUGCCUGCUGAAUGGAUUUUAAAUCAUUUCACUGUACUGAGGGUAUUUUCUGUAUUUGUAUCAGAAAUCAUGGAAGUGGUUUAAUUUCUGUACAUGAACGUUGCAUCAGAUCAGCUUCAGUCUGUUUAGAAUUAAAUUGUUUUACAGAUAGAGGAUUCGUGUAAUGAACAUUUCCUACAGUUGAGAACAGGCUUUUCCCUGCAUCGUCGCCCUCUGGUGGUCAGCUCCUGACAUUUCACUUUGACAUUAUAAUCGUUAUUUUCCUACCGGUUGGUUCGGUGGCACCUGCAGUGGUUGAAUUAAACAUUAAAGCAGCUCAUU